GCUCACUUCCGGCGGCGUGUGGGUGGCUGGCCCGUGAUGGAAGAGGCGGAGGAGUUUCUCUCGACUGGAAGGAGAUCGGAGCCCGUCCCUGUGCCGCCUCCGCUCCCCGAGUCCGCAUGGAGCCUCCCGUGGGAGCCAGCGCCAGCCAGCCCAGCUCUAAGGAACCUCCCCCGGGGCUUGGCCCUUGGCCCUUCCCUCGUCCACGAGCAGCGUUUGGGGAUCUGGUGUGUUGGGGAGCCCUUGCAGCCGGGACAGCAUUGGGGACCGCUGGAAGAAAAGUCGGUGUCGGAGCAGCGCGAGGAAAACCAGCCUGAGGAGGACCUGUCCCGAGACCCCUGGCGAGACAUCUGCGCCUGCGAGCGGAGUUCAGGUUGGACCAGUUUGGUGCAGCGAGGCAGGCGGGAGAGUGAGGGCAAUGUAGCCCCUGUUCGGAUCAGCGCCAAGCUCCACCUGCAGGUGUGCCGGCUGGUGCGGCCGGGCCUUGAGCUGCUGUUGCUGCUGCCCCGCGGGCCUCCCUCUGAGCCCUCACCCCCCACCUCGCCCAGCCCAGAGGAAGGACAAGCCAGGACUACGCCAGUAACAGAAGUGGUGCAACAGGAGAGACCCCACGCAGGGGAAGGUGCAGCAGAUCCCUCCACAGGUCUCAGCCACAAAGGGCACCCUGGCCUCCAGGCAGAGUGCUCUGUGAGCUCGGAAAGUACUCCCCAAGCCCAGGGCCACCUUGCCAGGAGCAGCCAGCUAGCUGGCUUACUGCUUCAUGCCGAGAGUGUGGACCAGGAGGACCUGCCCCCAAGCCAGACAUCACCCGAACCUCCGAGCAGCCCGCCCAUCCAGCAGGACCCUGGGAGAAGUGACAGCAGCUCCCCCUCUUCUCCCAGGGAUGUCCAGGUUCAUGUGGCCCAGAAAUGCGCUAGCCCCAGCAAGCAGCGAGCCCCUAGAGCCAAGACCUCCAUGCCCCCAAAUCACCAAGCCAAAGAGCCCCAGCACACAGUGCCCCUGCGGGCACCCCUGGCUGGGCUGGCAGGCAGCCCUGCAAAGCAGGGGCGCCGGUACCCGUGUGGGGAGUGUGGUAAGGCAUUCCUGCAGCGGUGCCACCUGAAGAAGCACGCCUUCGUGCACACGGGCCACAAGCCCUUCCUGUGCACAGAGUGUGGCAAGAGCUACAGCUCCGAGGAGAGCUUCAAAGCCCACACGUUGGGCCACCGCGGGCUGCGGCCCUUCCCCUGCGCCCAGUGCGACAAGGCCUACGGCACCCGGCGCGACCUCAGGGAGCACCAGGUGGUACACUCGGGUGCCCGGCCCUUUGCCUGUGACCAGUGUGGCAAGGCCUUUGCCCGCCGGCCCUCCCUGCGGCUGCACCGCAAGACCCACCAGCUGUCCUCAGCCCCUGCGCCGUGCCCGUGCCCAGUGUGUGGGCGGCGCCUGGCCAGCCCCGGCUCCCUGCGGAACCACAUGCGGCUGCACACUGGGGAGAAGCCCUUCUUGUGCCCACACUGCGGCCGGGCAUUCCGCCAGCGGGGCAACCUGCGUGGGCACCUGCGUCUGCACACAGGGGAGCGCCCGUACUGCUGCCCGCACUGUGCCGAAGCCUUCCCCCAGCUGCCCGAGCUGCGGCGCCACCUCAUCUCGCACACCGGUGAGGCCCACCUGUGCCCCGUGUGCGGGAAGGCCCUCCGAGACCCCCACACGCUGCGGGCGCACGAGCGCCUCCACUCAGGCGAGAGGCCCUUCGUGUGCCCCCAGUGUGGCCGGACCUACCCCCUGGCCACCAAGCUGCGGCGCCACCUCAAGUCCCACCUGGCAGACAAGCCCUACCGCUGCCCCACCUGUGGCAUGGGCUACACCCUCCCGCAGAGCCUCAAGCGGCAUCAGCUCAGCCACCAGCCUGCCGUACCCGCUGCCCCCGCCGAAGCCACUGUGGUGCUGCUGCAGGCCGGGCCUGAGCUGCUGGACCCGGACCCCCAGCAGGCAGCCUCCCCGGCCCGAGACCUCAUGGAAGUCACCGUUUCUGAGAGCCCGGGCAAGGGCUGUGUGGCGCUGGGGGAGCCGGGCCCCACCCACAGCCUGGUGCUCCUCCCCAAGGACGCGGGCUUUAGUGCCUGGGCGGCGGAAGUGGUGGCGCUGCACACGGGCACCUGAGCCCCGGAGCCCCACAGGGUGCCUCAUAAAGACAGUUGGCUUCCCA